AUGGCAGCCGCCUUGCCACCAUUCGCUCCAUAUGGGACCGCCGGCGAGUCGUGGGAAGGAUUCCUCGAGCGCUUUGAGUGCUAUCUCAUAGCCUCCAAGAAUCAUAACCAACAUCAGGAGGAGAAGUGCAGCUUCUUCCUUAGCUGCUGCGGGCCUGCUAUGUUCGCCUCUGCAAGAGCCCUGGCCUCCCCGCAGCCAGUUUAUCAGCUAAGCUGGGAGACGCUGAUGGCGAAGCUAAAUAAUCAUUAUGCGCCCACACCAUCUCGCAUUGCCCGCCAUUACGCGUUCUGCCAAUGCGUCCAGAAACCGGCGGAAUCCAUUAGCCAGUUUCUACAAUCCCUACCCGUAACGGCAAUCCAAUGCGAUUUCAGGGACUUAGAAGACAACCUCGUAGAACAAUUUGUCUGCGGGGUCAAAGACAUUCGUCUUCACCGCUGCCUCCUGUCUCACCCCGAGAUCACCUUGCAGCAGGCCGUGGACGAAGCCAGAGUAGCCGAGCUCUCGGAGCAGUCCACGGCCGACAUGCAGUGCCUGCAGCCUCUCCAUCAGCCUCAACCUCUACCACCUCCCCCACCUCCGCCUCCCGCGUGUCCUCCACCGGCUCAAGCGUGCCUCAUAGAUGAGCUGGUGCCGCUGGAAGACCCUGGCUAUGAGCAGGUUGCCCAACUCCGCGCUCCACCUCGGCAACCUCUCCCUCAGCUGGCUGUCCCUGCCUCGUCUGUGUAUGUGGGCUGCGGUGGCAGACACGCCUGCUCUGCUUGCCCCUUCAAGGGCACCGUCUGCUGUUGUUGUGGCAAGAAGGGCCACAUCGCCCAGGUCUGCCGUGCCUUGCUGCCUGUGCCUUUCUUCCUCCAGCAGCCUGCCACGACUCAACCACAGCCGCGCCGCCAGCCCCCGUGGCCCACGAGGCGGGCUGAAGACUGCUACGCCAUCAACCAGCCUGACUUCGCCGGGGAGACUCUCAGCCAGCUGCAGCUGGUGGACAUCUCCCUGAGAGACUACCAGGGGACUCUUAUUCCCACCCUGGGUUCCUUCCCCAUUUGGGUUGACUAUGGGGACUUUCAUGGUCGCCUGCCUGCCCUGUUAGGUUUGGAUUGGUUCCCUCCCCUGGGGUUGUCGAGGGGGAUUCAUCGGGUGGGUGCCUCUUCCCGCUCUUUGGAAAACGUCUUUGCGGAAUUCGCAAACAUUUUCGAUGGCCAGCUGGGCUCUUACAAGGGCACCCCCAUCUCCCUUAACCUUGACCCCCAGGUUGCUCCAAUUCGGCUGAAGGCUCGCAGGGUGCCUUUUGCCUUGAGGGCCAAGGUUGAUGCUGAGCUUGAUAAGCUGUUGGCGCAGGGCGUCCUGGAACCCGUCGACCAUUCGCGAUGGGAGACCCCAAUUGUGGUCCCUGUCAAGCACGAUGGGUCGGUCAGGAUCUGCGCCGACUACAAGUCAACCAUCAACCUUGCCUUCCAGGCAAACCCCUAUCCAGUCCCUGUUGUGCAGCACCUGCUCCAUUCCUUGGGACGGGGCUGCACCUUUGCGAAACUGGAUAUGGUGCAGGCCUUCCAACAGCUCCCGGUGGAUGACGAUGCGGCAGCUACCCAAACCAUCAUCACCCAUCGUGGGUCUUUUCGUUGUCGCCGCCUCCAAUUCGGCAUUUCCGUGCCCCCGGGGAUCUUCCAGAGCCUCAUAGAGCGUCUGCUCCAUGGGCUCCCUGGUGUGGUUCCGUAUUUCGAUGAUGUUCUGAUCGCUGCUUCCAGCAGCUCAGAACUCAUCGAAAUGCUCAGGAAGGUUCUCCUUCGUUUUGGGGGCGUGGGUUUAAAAUUGAAGUGCAGCAAGUGUUCGUUUGCUGUGCCUAGAGUGGAGUUCUUGGGCUUCUUGAUUGACGCCCAAGGAAUCCACCCUACACCUUCUAAGGUUGCCGCCAUCAGGAACGCCCCCACUCCCUCCUCCAAGGCGGAGUUGCAGGCAUUCCUGGGGCUUCUCAAUUUUUACGCCCCUUUCGUGCCACCCAAGGCGUCACUAGUCGAGCCGCUGCACCGGUUGCUCUACUGGUCUGCGGCCUGGCGCUGGGGCAGCCGUGAAACGCAUGUGUUCGCGGCUGUCAAAGACACGCUUACAUCAGCGGCUGUCUUAGUACAGUACAGUGACAAGCUGCCGCUGACAUUGGCCUGUGAUGCCUCCCCCUAUGGUCUGGGGGCGGUCCUGAGCCAUGUCCUCCCAAAUGGCUCGGAGACCCCCGUGGCUUUCUACUCCCGGACACUCUCCACUGCGGAGCGCAAUUACAUCCAGAUAGACAAGGAGGCUCUGGCUGCAGUGUCUGGGAUUAAGAAAUUCCAUGACUAUCUGUAUGGUCGGCACUUCACCCUUGUCACUGACCAUAAGCCUCUCCUUGGGCUUCUGGCAGGCGACAAGCCGACCCCUCCCAUCCUCUCCCCCAGAAUGACACGCUGGAUGGAGUUCUUGGCGGUGUAUUCUUAUAGGCUGCUCUACCGUCUGGGCAAGCAGCUAGGGCAUGCCAAUGCCCUUAGCCGCUGCCCCUUGCCAGACUCUGACCCGGCCCCAGUGCCUUCUCUUUCUGUGUUUUUAAUUGCCUCCUCAGGCCUUCCCCUCUCUGCCACGGAUGUAGCAGCCCACACUAAGGCCGACCUAGUCUUGGCUCAGGUUUUCUCCUGGGUCCUCCGCGGUGGCCUCUGGGAAACGUGGCUGACAGCUUCCGGCCUUUUAAGGCCCAUCAAGCCGAAUUGUCCCUACAUGACAUUCCUGAUUGUGGUGGAUGCCUACUCUCGCUGGGUGGAGCUGGUCCUUAUGACCUCCACCUCCGCUGAGAGUAUGAUCAGGGCCCCGCGCCGGUUGUUCACAACCCACGGGUUGCCAGACGUGGUAGUCUCGGACAACGGGCCCCAAUUCGCUUCCACCACUUUUCAGGAGUUCCUGGCCUUGCAGGGUAUCCGGCAUGCGCCCACCACCCCGUACCAUCCGGCCUGCAAUGGCCUGGCGGAGUGCGUGGUCCGCUCGGCCAAGGAGGCUCUUGGCCGGAUGGACUGGGGCAAUUGGGUCAGACUGGCCGAUGGAUCCGAGUGGAGGCGCCACGUGGAUCAGCUAAGGAGGCGUCUCCCCGCGGAGACCGGCAUGCUAUCUGAUCCUGGGGCCAACGACACAGCUGCCUGCCAGCCGGUCCAAAAGUUCCAGUUUGAGGCCUUUCCCCAGACAUGCCUCUCCUACCCCAAUGUUGCAGGAUUUCCACCUGCCUCUUUUGAUGACCCAAAUAUUGAAAAUAAAAAUGGACAUUUAAAGAAUUCCCAGUGUAUCAGCCUGUCCAAGAAAAAGGAUGUCAAAUCCCUCAUCUAA